CCUUUUCUUAGUAGUGGUAUAGAAAACACAAUAUAUCUUGUGCUAUGAUGGCGCUUCUAUUGUUUUCCAAGAAAUAGUGAGCCUUUUGUGUUUUAUUUGUGUAGUGUUCUGUGCCGUAUAGUUUCCUACAGUUGACUAAACUGCUAGCUUACAAGUUACAUCUUGCUUCUUCAGAUUCAGGCUGCGAGAUUUUUCGGCAUUACUUCUGCACCCAUUUCUCGCUUUUCAAAACGUCAGUCUCUGGACAUCAGCAGCCUAAGAAGAUCUUACAGCUUCAAUCAACCUCGGCUCAUAGCCAUGGCAGCCACUCUUGCCAAUGGUGAUUCACACAACAGCCUUCAGAGGAACUACCAGGUUGUUGUUGCCGCUACGCGUGACAUGGGCAUUGGGAAGGAUGGAGUCUUGCCUUGGAGGCUUCCUGGCGACCUUAAGUUCUUCAAGGAGCUUACGCUGACUACGUCUGACCCUGCAAAGAAGAACGCGGUCAUAAUGGGACGGAAAACCUGGGAGAGCAUACCCCUUAAAGCAAGGCCUUUACCUGGUCGUCUGAAUGUCAUAUUGACCCGGUCUGGUAGUUUUGAUUUUGCAACCGCUGAGAAUGUUGUUAUCUGUGGAAGCAUGAACUCUGCCUUGGAACUUCUAGCGUCCACUCCGUAUUGCUUGUCGAUUGAGAAGGUUUUCGUGAUAGGGGGUGGGCAGAUACUGAGGGAUUCACUUAAUGGACCUGCAUGUGAGGCCAUCCAUCUAACUGACAUUCAGUCAAACAUUGAGUGCGACACCUUCAUUCCUCCAGUUGACUUCUCGGUGUUCCAACCAUGGUGUUCAUCUUUGCCAGUGGUUGAGAGCAACAUUAGGCAUUCUUUUGUGACCUUUGUUCGUGUGAGAACAUCAGUUUCAGAAUCUCAUGACUCGAAUGGCAAGGAAUCAACCGAGCAAGAUACCAAGAGUAGCAAGUUUGAAAUCGAGAACUUCUCUUUUCUCCCUAAGAUGAUAUUUGAGCGCCAUGAAGAGUAUUACUACCUCAACCUUGUUGAUGAUAUUAUAAGGUGUGGUGCUCAGAAAGGUGACAGGACUGGAACAGGAACAUUGUCUAAAUUUGGUUGUCAGAUGCGGUUUAACCUAAGGAAGAGCUUCCCCUUGCUGACAACAAAGAGGGUGUUUUGGCGUGGUGUUCUUGAAGAACUGCUGUGGUUCAUCAGUGGCUCGACAAGUGCAAAGGUUCUGCAGGAAAAGGGUAUUCAUAUAUGGGAUGGCAAUGCGUCAAGAGAAUAUCUUGACAGCGUCGGCUUAGCAAAUAGGGAGGAAGGUGAUUUAGGCCCCGUUUAUGGAUUUCAAUGGCGACACUUUGGUGCUGAAUACACCGACAUGCAUGCUGACUAUACUGGAAAAGGUUUUGAUCAGCUAAUCGAUGUGAUUGACAAGAUCAAGAAUAAUCCUGACGAUCGGCGAAUCAUCAUGUCUGCAUGGAAUCCUUCAGAUCUAAAAAAGAUGGCCCUUCCUCCCUGCCACAUGUUUGCACAAUUUUAUGUUGAGAAUGGGGAGCUAUCAUGCCAGAUGUAUCAACGCUCUGCAGACAUGGGACUUGGUGUUCCUUUCAACAUUGCAUCAUAUUCUCUUCUGACAUGCAUGAUUGCUCAAGUCUGUGGUCUCUCCCCUGGAGAUUUCAUCCAUGUCAUAGGGGACGCCCAUGUGUACAGAACGCAUGUUGGAGCUCUAGAGGAGCAGAUCCAGAAGCUGCCCAAACCGUUCCCAAUUCUGAAGAUAAACCCUUUGAAGAAGGACAUUGAUUCUUUCGUGGCGUCGGACUUCAAGCUGGAUGGCUACAACCCGCACAAGAAGAUAGAGAUGGAGAUGGCGAUAUAGUGGUAGCAGUUGUACUGGUAAGAAGACAUGUAUGGCGUUCUCCGGCAAUUGUACUCGAUUUAGGUCGCGUAUCCAGAGUCUACAGAACUGUCUCCCCUUUUUGUUUGGAGCUCAGUGAUGACUCGAGAAUGUGAGUGAGAGCUGUUUGAGCAGUGCGACGUGUUGGGUUUGUGCUCGGCGAUGAUCGAUAUAGCUAUUAAACUCGAAUAUUUAAAGAGAUUGAUCUGUCUGGUAACGAACGAGCUGUAGCUGAAAUGUC